AUGUCCGCCGUCCCCUCCCUCGAAUCCCUCAAAGACCCCUCUGCCCUCACCACCCUCCUCGCCCUCCUCUUCGAGCCCUCCCCGUCCCUCCACUCCCUUCUCGUCCCCUCAGUCCACAGCCAGCUCGCGACGUCCACUAGACUCGAGAGCUACAACAUCAUCAUAGACCUUUGCCAAGCCACCUCCAGCCGGUGGAGCUGGCAGGAGAAGGCAGACUUUAUCAGUGGACAUCCCAUGAUUGGUGAAGUCACGGGGCUCAGUAAGCUCAGUGGGAAAGAGCAGGGAGGUGGUGGAGCCACGCCCAAAGAGGUGCUCGAUAGACUUGCUCAUCUGAAUCAAUUGUACUGCAAAGUCUACCCAGGCCUCCGGUACAUUACUUUUGUCAACGGCCGCUCCCGCGCCGAGAUCAUUCCAGACUUCGAGUCCGUUCUUGGUCUCCCGGCGUCCACCGGUGACCCCAAUGAGCCACCGAUAGACUCUGAAGAGGUAGAGAAGAUGGUCAAGGCUCCUGAGAGCGAAGAAUGGAAGAAGGAAUGUUCGAGAGGUUUGGCAGAUGUUUGGCUCAUUGGCCGCGCCCGAUUGAGUGGGAUGGGCUUGAAAUAA